AUUUCAAAAUUUCUGGCAUCACAUCACAGUCCCACCUACCGAGACUCGUGUGCGUGCUGGUGACUUUUGAAUUGAAGUUCGUUGCCGUUGGUUCGAUGUCGUUGAAUUUGGCCUAAGACUAAGUUGACGAAUUCAGCUGAUUCAUUCUUCAGUUCACUCAACUCAGGAAGAGCCCAAUUACCUUGUUCGAUAUGUAAAUAAAGAGUUAGAGACCAUGGCCGAGGAACUGAUUUCAACCCCCAAACUAACUGACAAUGGGCUUGACAACUGUGUUACUCCAGAAAGUUGGGAGAUGCGACCCGAAGCCAUUACUCCUGGCAAGCAUCUGCAGAUUUUGACCUCUAAUGACCAGGCAGAGACAACGCCUUGUACCGGUAAUGAUGGCGGUUCAUAUUCUUUCAGUGGGUUCAUGGACUUUGACAUGUAUGAAACACCACCCGGAGCACAACUAUACAGAGAUCAAUGUACUGACGACAUUUUAUGUAUGUCUUAUCAAGAAAUGGAUACUCCAAGCAAAGCAGAUGUUGCUCCUCCUGAGUCCCGUGCUGGAACACCUGAUGACAUGGUCAACUUACCUGAAAAUCCUCCACUUCAAGCUGAUACUGAAGAAGGCUAUUUUGCAUACAAGGGUACACAAAAUAAUAUGGAGAUUGCAUUGACUCGUGGUGAGCCUUCACUUGAAGCUUAUGAGGAAGGAGGCUAUUCUCCAAGCAGGGAUGUCCAGGAUAAUACUGAUAUUGCUUUGAACGGUGAAGUUCAAAAUGGUGAGUAUGAAACUGAAAACAAUGCUGAGAAGAAGUAUAUCAAGCUUGGGGACAGUGGUUUGCAGAGUUCUCUCAAUGAAGAUGAAAUAGACAGUCAGCAACUUAAACAGCAUGAAGUUGAGGAAUGUAUCCUGGAAAGAUUGGACCAGCAAAAUUAUCCUGAACAAGAAGAUGAAGUUGGAGAGAUAACUCCAAUAGCGCUGCCUGUAGUUAACCACCAACCUUUCAAAAAUGAACCUCAGCCAUCACCUAAAGUUGAAUCACUACAUGGCUCAGAUCUUCUUAAUGGUAAUUCAUCCCCAGCUUUUAUCGAUAGCCAAGCAGCAGAAGUAAGCCACUCAGAAGAGACAACAGAAUGUCGUACAGAAUACCUAAAUUGUCUAACUAGAAAAGAUACAGAAGAUAGUAAGGUUGAAUGCCAAGGGGAACCAGAAGUACCGCUGAAAUCUUCGCCUUUUCUUUCAGAGAAUACAAUCUCUUCUCUCAUUUCGAUGGGGGUUCCCCGAGAUGCUGAUGAAAUGGAUCAACUCGCAGACUUCCUCAAUAUGGAUGACCCCUUCACUGAAACUGUAGCAUCUCCAACUUCGGCUGAUUUAUGCACAGUUCAAUCUAGUGACAUUACUUCUGAAGAGAUGAAUAGUGUUCCAAUGGAUGUUGAAAAAAUUGUAAGCCCACCAGCACCAUCCAAAAGGAAAAGGAGACGAAAGAAAGUCGUUACAGUCACUGAAAGACGGAGAUCUGUCAGGAUUGCUAGAAGGGAGUCUCUACUGAAUACACCUUCUGAUGUUGGUCUAGCCAAAGAUACUUCUGGGAUAUUACCAACCUAUGAUCAGAAAAUUAUAAGAGAAAGUGUAAUUGGUAAUUUCCAUCAAGACCACAAAGAUCAGAAUGAAUCACAAGAUGUCAUUCAUCAGGAAAUGGGGGAGAGCAGCUCUGCAUUGAAUUGUAUGGAGAUCAACACUUUAGAUUCCAGGCCAAUGAUGGAACCUAUCACAGUGAAGGAACCUGAAGAUGCUAAAGAAUUGGGACAUUUGAAAAUUGAUUUACCCAUGACUCAAAAGAGGAAGAAAAAAGCAAACAAUGGAAGAAGAAGAUCAGUAAGGUUAUUGAAACAAGAUAAAGACAAUGAAGAUGACAACAAUGAAGCUGUUGCCAAAAUGCCUGUAGUAGACAAGGAAGAAACAAAGUGUGACAGUGUUUUCUUGGCAAAUUUUGCUGACUUUGGAUUGGGCGAUGAUUGGAUGCCGGGAGAGAUGUUUGGUGAAAGCCAAUUUGCCAAGACACCAAGGGAUAAAUCUUCGAGAAGAAAGUCAGCUCGCUUGAGCGGGGUCCAUAUUCCACUCUUAGAACUUAAAAACAAGUCAGAGGUGAAAGUCUAUGGAGUAGACCAAGCUUCUUACACUGAUGUCCCUGAUGUUUCAAUGGGGAAUUCACAUGUACCAGACCCUGCAUUAACUCUCCUAUCCACACCUCCUCCCAUGAUCAGUGUUUCACAGCAGUUUCAAGAUUCUGUUGAAAGUAACAAUGAAAAUAUCACAGAGGAUUCUCUUCAGAAGCAAGAUGCAAUCAAACCAUCAAAAAGGAAGAAAAAGGGAUCUUGCUCUAAAAGGAGAAGAUCCAUACGACUUAUCAAGAAGCCAGAGGAAGAGCCAAGAUGUGUUACAGAAUACGAGCAAGAAAACUGGAACGCGGCGCCCAUCAAGAAGGCUGCUACAAAUUACAAAAGAAAGGAAAGUGCACCUGAUAAGGUUUUACAAGAAGUGAAGGUUACAAGCUGUGAUAACAUCUUCCAGGAGCCAAUGAUAGAAGAAGAGCUGUUCACCGGUCUGAAACCACAUGUUGAUGAUGUUCCAAUGGAUUUAGAUGAUUGCUAUGGAGAGACAUUAGAGGUCAUGGACUUCCAAGAAGUGGUGGUGAAACCAAAUGUAAAAAAAGAUACACCUUUCAUGGGUAGGAAGAGGGUCUCCAGGAUCUCAGAGAAGGAUAAAGAAAUAGAUGAUGCCAUAGCACAAGAGCAAAGUUGUCCAAAGGAAAGAACUGCUGCUGAGAAACAGGGUGAUCCUGAACAAGAUCAUCAACAGCCACCUGAAGAUAUUGCUGAAGGGAUUGAAGGAUCAAGUGACAAUAACUUCAAGGUCUCAAAUAAGGUUAAAUCUUUGUAUCUUAAAAAAGGAGCAGCAGGUACGAAGAAGCACAACUUAGAGACAAUCUUUGAGAGUCCAAAGAAAAGAGCGACAGGCACUCCCGUGAAUCUCCUUGGAAAGAAGAAAUUGAAGCGAAGUGUUGUAUUUACUGAGACACCAUGGUUGGGGAGAACGGGAAGAACGAAGGGCAGGAAAGUUAAAAAGGGAAAACAAGUGAAAAGAGUACUGAGCAGUACGGUAGAAAAGAGCUGGAAGCUUGAUUUAAGACUAUCUGAUCUGGAUAUCCUAUCGAUAUGAAAUAUCAAAGAAAAUUUAAAAACCAUCUAAACUUAAUAUUGUAUUGUUUUCAUAUAUUUGUUAUCAACUUAUUAUUAUUAGCAUUAUUACAAUCUCUUUGGAGUAUUUUGACUUCCAGAAGGUAAAUUACACACAUCUUUCAUAAUCUGUUAGAAAUAUCUCCAAUAUAGGUGACUUUUCAAUUUAUGGAAGGUUGACUUUUACAGAGUUGAUUGAUAUUAUCAUCAUUAGAUUUUUUAUUGUUAUUAUGAAUAUCAUCAUCUUUAUUAUUUUUCAUGUCAAAAAUCUAUGAUUAUCUAGGCCUCAGGAGAAUCGAUGUUAGAGAGGAACUACAUGUAAGCGGGAGUUUUGAACAAUGGGAGAUAACAGAAGAAUUCUCCUUUGAAAUUUUCAUGUCAAUAAAGAAUGAUAAAUAUCAAUAGGCUAUUUGGUAGUAUUUUUAUUAGUAUAUAUAUGAAGAAGUAGUCUAAUGCAAUCAUGUGUUUGAGCUACACAAAAACUCUGUCCAUUUACAUAUUCAGGUGACAUCAGAGUUGCCAACCCUUACAGAAUUUAAUGAGAUGUGUUCUAAUGUACAUUCAUUGUUAACUUCCCGAUUGGAUGACUGAGUGAAACACUUUUGUUAAUAAUAUGUUUUGUCUCGUAAGAAAACAUAUGGUUCAGCCGUUUGGUUAUUCACAUUGUUAUUUCUUAUCUGAGUAAAGCCCAAGUCCACCCCAGAAAAUUGUUGAUUUGAAUCGAUACAGAGAAAUCAAACAAACAUAACGCUGCAAAUUUCA